CAUUGUUUCUCAGUCUGAGUUUCAUUUCUCAUUUGUCUGACGUUUUAACUGCGGCUCGGUGAAACAGCAGCAGCUCUCUGCGGAGAUGAGGAGCUCGGUGCUGCUCAGUCUGUUCCUGCUGCAGCUGCCUGUCGCCACCACGCUGGAAGGGCACUGGGAGGACUACAAAUAUGGCCGCCAAAGCUCGGCGCUGCAAGACAAGCCUUCUUGCUGCUCCUGGAAAUGCAUGCUGUUCACUCUGCAGUGGCCCGGAGGGUUCUGUCAGUCUUUGAACAACAGGACUCUGUGCAGGAUUCCUCAGAGCAUCAACAACUGGACGAUCCACGGUCUGUGGCCUCUUCGGGCACAUCACUGCUGCAGCUGCUGGCCGAUGUUCCACUCUGACGUCCAGGAGCUGGAGGCAGAGCUGAACGAACACUGGCCAUCCUUACUGACGACCAAAUCCAGCUUCCACUUCUGGACAGAGGAGUGGAGGAAACAUGGAGUGUGCGCAGCAUGUGUUGAAGGAAUGAACUCUCCAGCGAGAUAUUUCCAGAUCUGCCUCAAACUACGAGGACAGUUUGAUGUCCACAAACUGCUGGAGGACGCUGGCAUCACUCCGUCCUGUGAACGGCCCUACAAGGUUGCAGAGGUGAACAGUGUGCUGGCUCCACAUCUGGGUGACAAACAUGAGAUCCAGUGUGUGACAGAUGACAAGGACAGAGAGGUGUGGUUUCAGGUGAAGAUACUUCUGUCUCACAACCUGACCGCUGGCUGUGGUCACCACGACGACGCUGAGAGGGGCCCGGUGGCAAGCUCCACCCUGGAAUGGAGCCACUCUCCCGGACAUCCCUGCCCUCCUCAGGUCCCUUUCUACUACUUCCCCAUAAACCACCAACAGCCCCAGCAGCCGUGUGGCUAACAGAACACAGGGCGCCGGACUUCAGCGGACAACUUUAGACUUUACAUGUGUGGUAUUUGUGUAGCAGCAGAGACUGUUGCACAGAAAAGUGGUUGGACACUGGAUGCCAAACACCAGACUACCUCUGGAUCAUCAAAUGUGUAGCAGCUCAAUAAAUAAACAAAAAAAAUUUUAA